AUGAAGGGUUUUGGAUCGUACACCGAUUGGAGUUAUUAUGCAUCACCUUCAUCGAAUUUAUCAGCUUUCGCCACACCUUUUAGUGUGAAUCGAUCUUCUCCCAAUGGUGUUUCGCCUCCAUUCAUUGAUCCAGGAGAUGCUGCACGCACUGGGUUCCCAUAUAGAUAUCCAGAUCAAUACUAUGGGACAAAACCUAAUCUUGUUGAACCCCAUCAAUAUUUCAAUUCAUAUGGGGUUCUUCAAGAUCGUAAUUCUGCUUCGGUUGUACCUGAUCAUUGGUCUUCUUUUUCGGGAUUUACCGCCUCGGAUGGGGUUUCUCGGGCUGAUUAUGCUAAUAAGGCUAAUGAGUUAGGGUUUGCUGGUCAAACUGUUGCUAAUCAGUUUGCGGAGUUUGGGAAUGGUAAAGGGAAUCAGAUUGGAGUUGGGGUUAAUAAGCCUAAUGAGUUAGGGUUUGUUGGUCAAACUGUUGCUGAUCAGUUUGAGGAUUUUGGGAAUGGUAAAGCAAAUCAGAUUGGAGUUGGAACUAGUAAGCCGAAUGAGUUAGGGUUUGUUGGUCAAAUGGUUGCUAAUCAGUUUGCGGAUUUCGGCAAUGGUAAAGGGAAUCAGAUUGGAGUUGGGGGUGGUUUUGCUUUGAAUACUAAUUUUACUGGCUCUGUUGCUGAUGAAAGGAUGAAGUCAGGGUGUCAGGAUGUAACUGUCAGUCAUGUUGAGGGUCCACAUAUGAUUGGUUGGGAUAGACAUAGCUUGGCCUCAAGUGUGGAUCCUCUUAAUGAUAAACCAUUCUGGUGGAGAACUACCAAACUCACAAGUGCAGGGUGUCAAGAUAUAACUGAUAGUCAUGGCGAGGUUCCACAUAUGAUUGAUUGGGAGAAACAUAGCUUGCCUACUAGUGGGGAUUGUGUUGAUGAUAAAUCUUGCUGGUGGAGACCUACCAAACCCAUGCCGGUUGAUUUUUCACAUACAUCUGUUUUGCAAUCUCCUCCAUUGUCUCUAGAGACUCAUCAUGAGCCACCCUUGAAAUUAGCUGUAGAUUCAGGGGACCAUCACUUUUCAUAUACUGGUGUAUAUGACAAACACUUGGGGCAGCAAGAUAAACAAACAAGAGUUGAUACAGUUUCUUCGACAUCUAUAACAGGAUCAGGUACAGAUUUAAACCUAGGCAUUUUUGUCCCAGAUGGAGGCUCUGGACACAAAAAAUUCAAUGAUAUAAAGGAGGCUGCUGCUUGCUUUGGUUUAAAUCUCAGCAUGAAUCUAGAUAGUAACGAAGCUUCCUCAUCAAACAAUGCAAUGGUUUCAGACAUGGACGAUUCAGGUGAUGUUGUGGAUUAUAAAGAUAAAGCAAGACAUGAAUUUCAACAUCUUCUGCCAAAUCCAGGUCUUUUAAGCUUGGGACUCAAUGCUAUUCAGGGUGUUAAUUCUGUUGAUAAAUCUUUUGAGUGUGUUGGUGAUCCAUGUAAUCCCUCUGUAGACUCACCUUGCUGGAAAGGAGCUCCUGCUGCCCAUUUUUCUUAUUAUGAAUCUUCUGAGGCUUUACCUCCUGAAAAUGUGCCUAAAAAUGAAUGCUUUGGUUCUGUUAUUCGGGAGCCUCAGAAUUUUCUUCUUGAUGGCAAAAAUAAUGUCAAAAAGCCAUGUGACCGCAGCUUCCAAAUGCACAUUCAAAUUGCAGAUCAGCAAACAUAUUCAGUGGGUUCUUCCUCGAAACAAAAUUCAGAAACAAGAUUUGCAUCUGAUGAUUGCAAUGUAGUGAAUGCUGGACCUUUUCACUCUGAGCCAUCUUGUGAUUACGAGCUUCAAUAUCAAGAUGAUAUUACCAAAAUGAAGGAUAAUAGUGUACCGCCAACCAAGCCAAUUGCUUGUGAGUCUGGAUCUUCUCAUGACGAGGAUCAAGUUACAGAGGAAAACAAGUUGGCGUCUCAAAAACUACAUUCCUUAUGCAUUGGUGGUACAGAUGCCGGAUGCAAUGAGAAUAUAUCCUCGUCCUCUGGUACAUCUCGUACUGAGGGACAUACCCUGCCUUUGUCUUCUUCAGUGGGAGCUGCAUCUACUACAUCUGAAAAAACAGCCGGGAAAGUAUCAACUGAGGACUUAAAUGCCCAGAUGCUGGUUGAUACCAUGAACAAAUUUUCACAGUUGCUUCUUAACCAUUGUUUAAAUGAUGCUUGUGAGCUGGAAGAACAAAAUUGCAAUAUCCUUAAAGAUGUGAUCACCAAUCUUAAUACAUGUGUUUUGAAGAAUGUUGAGCGAAUUAACUUGGCUCAAGCAUUUCUUCUCCGUCAGCCAGAAACUUCUAAAUGUGCUGUAGAAACAUGUGAACUUCGAAAGGGGGUCCAAUUAACCAAGAUAGGACCAGAUGAGCAUGAAAAUCAGCUUGCUCAAAAGACAGAUCUCUGUUUUGGAUCUGAGAAGCCACAUUGGAUGCCUUCAGGCUUCAUUUCCCCAAGCAGUGGUGCAGAAAUGACAGAAAUGACGAAGGAAGAGAACAUGACUAAGGCUAUAAAGAAUAUUCUUAGUGAGAAUUUUGAUGAUGAUGAUGCUGAAGCAACAGUGUCUCAGACUCUAUUGUAUAAAAAUCUAUGGCUUGAGGCUGAAGCUGCAUUAUGUUCCGUCUCUUACAAAAAUCGCUAUAAUCAAAUGAAGAUUGAAAUGGAGAAACAAUCAUACAAGCAAAGAGACAUGGAGCAACAUUCAAAAUCUGAAGUUAUUCCUAGUUUAAGCACGAGUGAGAGUUCAGCAAUUGAAGUUAACAAAUGUCUAAACGCUGAUUCUUCUGCUCAGAAUUUGGCUGACUUAGCUGCUACCAUUCCAAAGGAACAUUCACAGUUGAAAUUUUCUUCUGAUAUGAACAGGCUUAAUUCGUUGACACCUGAAGCAGAUGGUGGUCAAAACUUGUAUAAUUUCAUCAAGAAUUAUGCUGUUUCUGGCACAAACAAGGAAGUGGCCGGAAAUGACGAGGCUUCUGUUAUGGCCAGAUACAAUGUUAUUAAAUCCAGGGCUGACAAAUCACGCAUCAUUGCUAAUGCUUUGGAGACACCAUCAGACAUAGCAGACAUGUUUGCACCUCAAGAAACAGAUAAUCAAAACCAGGUUAAUUUCUGUCGGGAUUUUCCAAUUCUUGAGAAAAACAAGGCUAAUUAUGAGACAUCUGUUUUGGCUAGAUUUCAUGUUCUUAAGUCCAGGGCUGCUGCUGAAGAUUCAAGUUCUGUAUCUUCAACAGAGAAAUUGUUUGAAUUUUCUGGUGAAGGAAUAAAGGAGACAGUAACUACAAAAGAUGCAUUAGAGGGUGAAAGCUUGAAUGCUAAUCUGGAUUUCUACACUGCUGUGGAUAAAACAACUCCAAAGGAGAUUAACCUGGAUUGGGGGAAUAUUCAGCCUACUGAUUAUCACUUCGAUGGCUUGGCAUCAGACUGGGAACAUGUGUAG